AUGCCCAGCAAUACCACUAUCUAUACCAUUCCAGCUCGCACAGGGGACUAUGUCAGCCUCCAGGCCGGGCAAAAACUCAAGCUGAUCAACCCGCACGGCAACCAGGUCAUUGACUUCUGGGCGUUCGUCUUCGCGGGCGGUGCUCCCACCAACAUGCCCACGAGCUUCAUACGAUCCACGGCCACAUCCCCAUCCACAGCCCCAUCCCCAGCAGCAGCAGCGACAGAAACAGCAACAGAAACAGCAACAGAAACAGCAACAGUAACAGCAGCAGCAACAGCACCAGCACCAGCACCAGCCCCUUUCCCCUUUUCCACCGGUGUACAAUAUUUCUCAGCUUCACGGACCCGCUCGAUCCUGUCGAAACUGGUCCCCUCAGCCGUCGACCAGGACGUGCUGUACACGAACAAGUCGGUCCCGCUGUUCACGCUGGUGGAGGACACGACGACGGGGAUCCACGACACAUUGUUCGGCUGCUGCGACCGGUUCCGCUACCGCAAUCUCGGCGUGGGCGAUUUCGAGCACCCCAGCUGUGCGGAGAACAUGCAUCUCGCGCUUCGGAAGGCGGCCGCGGCAGGACUGUUUCCGGCGGGAUCCAUCUCGUCGGAAUGGACGCCGGAUCCGUUGAACGUCUUCAUGAAUGUCCCUGUCACGACUGCCCUGGACCGGCCGUCUGGUGGGGGAAGAAUCCAGUGUGUGCGGCCGGAAAGCAGGGCGGGCGAGUACAUUGUGCUCCGGGCCGAGCUGGACUGUGUGGCGGUGAUGAGUGCUUGUCCCAACGACAUCAUAUCGGGCGUCAACGCCGGCCACUGUACUGGUGUCGAAUAUGAGGUGUUGUCUUGA